AUGAGUAUGCAAGGAGAAGAGACUAUUUGUGAUGACCCUAAUCCUCCUUCAGUCUUUACUGGAAGUCAAGCAGGCUCUUGUGAACAAAAUGGUGACAAAAAUACUACAACAUUUAGAUAUGUUCUUAAGGAGAUUGGAUUUGAAAACAUCUCAGCAAAUAUAGAUGUUCUUAUAGUUGGAACUUCUGGAUCCGGUAAAUCAGCACUAGUCAAUAGUUUUCUUGAGGAGAAGAAAGCUAAAGAAAGUUACAAAGGGAAGAGCUGCACAACAAUGAGAUUUCCGUUCCGUGUUGGUGAGCUCAAUGUUACUCUGAUCGAUACUUUUGGUCUCCAAGAUUGCGAUAGCAAAAAGCCAACAACUAUACAAGAAAUGAAAAAUGAUGGUCAGACAGUCAGCUUAGUCCUCUACUGCAUGAAAAUGGGGGGUUAUUUUAAAGACGACGACAAAAUGGCUAUGCGUAAGCUCCAUCAAGCCUUUGGCCACAAUUUUUUCAAGAGAAUAGUAUUCGUUCUCACUUUUGCUAAUGCUGAAGAUUGUUCUGUAUAUGAUGAUUCGGAUGAUGAGCUGGACGAAAAUGAGGAAGACCCACUGGUAAUUUUAAAGAAACGGUUUAAAUGUAGAAUCAAAGACAGGGCAGAAGAAAUCUCUAAGUUUUUGUCGGAAAAUUUUCAUAUUCAAAUAAAGGAAGAUCAUGUUGUACCAGCUGGGUUUCGGAUAAGGAGUAUUCAUCAUCAACAGCAUCCUCUACCUAAUGAUUGGCUAUAUAUACUUCUCAAAUUCUGCUGCUGUGAAAUUAAGGAGAAGCAUCAAUUUUCAAGACUUUCUUUGAACGACUGUAAGAUUGUACAGACAAAGGCAACUCCUAGUAAUCAGAAACAAGAAUCAGUGGACUUAAGAAUGGGUAUGAGUGUCGAAGAAGAGGAGAAUGUUUCUGUGAUAAUGAUUGGGUUAGGAGCAGUGAAAGAUAAUGUCAUUGAUGUUGGAAAGAUGUCAUAUAAAGGUCAAAGAGCCAUGAAUACCUUAAAACAAGUCCUUACAGAUGCUAAAGUAGGAUAUUCAAAGGAUAUUCAAAUUGUUGUUCUUGGAAAAACUGGUGCUGGUAAAUCAGCACUUAUCAACAGCAUCAUUGACUUGGAAAAAGAAAUUGCAGAAGAAAGUGCUCAUGUAGAACAAUGCACAGACACUGUCCGACUCUACCGAUGCUCUAAUAUCAUUCCUGGAGUUAAUGUUACAGUUGUUGAUACACCUGGUCUACAGGAUAUUCAUCAACAGGAGCAGUGGUACAUACAAGAAAUGAAGAGCAAAUGUCAAGAAGUCACGCUGAUACUCUAUUGUAUGAAAAUGACUGAUCGCCGACUGACCAACGAUGAUAAAGUUGCUAUGCUGAAGUUUCAUCAAGCAUUUGGUCCAAAGUUUUGGGAGAGAGUUGUGUUUGUCCUCACGUUUGCUAAUCAAGAGAAUUGCAGUAAGAAAGAUAAAAGAGAUGAACCAGAGCCAGAGCCUGAACCACCUUUUGAAGAUGAGGAAGCUUGGGCCCUAAUAAUGAGAAAACGAUUCACAAAUAGAAUCAACCAUCGAUCUAAAGCAAUGAAUUCCUUUUUAAAGGAUACUUUUUGUAUUGAUGAUGUCCCAUUUUCAGUUGCCGGAACUUAUAAAUCCAGUUUCCACAACUGUAAACCUAUGGUUCUACCAGAUAGGGAAAAUUGGUUGGUUGAUCUUCUCUCACUUUGUUGUCAUGAGAUUAAAGAGGAGCACAAGUUUACUAAAUUGAGUUUGAAUGACAAGAUCCACUUUGCUAUCAUUAUUGAUAAUUAUGGGGAAGUCAGAGAGGACACUCAAGAAAAUGGUCAGGUCAUUGUUAUAAAAGAUGCGUUAGAAGGUCUUGGUUAUUGCACCCUUUGCUUCAACAAUCUCAAUUUUGAGUCAAUUUUUUUCCUUUUUGAAGCAUUUCAACUUGUUGAUCAUUCUCAGUUGGCAUCAUUUGCAUUAUUAUUUCUCAGUAAAGGAAAUAAGAAUCAUGUUUAUGAUGCUAAUGACACAGUUGUUACGUUUGAACAAACAUUUGCCUUUUUUAAUGACGCUGGUGCUUCUAAAAUCCCCAAGCUUUUUCUUUUUCAUUUUGCCUAUGAUGGUGAACCACCAAGUGAUCGACUAGUGGUUCCUGAUCCUCCUAAUAAUUCUAUUACUUUGGCCGUGUCUAUAAAUCAAUGUACAAAGGUUUCACCAGCUAUUCACUCUAUUGCUAAUAAUUUGCUACCUGUAGAAUGUCAUAGCAAGCCACUGAAAAUAUGCUUUGAAGAAAUGAAGCACCAGAUUGAGCAAUUAGAUACUGCAACUUGUAUUUAUAGGAAUAGUCUUCAAGAGAGCUUUGUUAUGCCAACUUAUUGUGCAGUUAGUGCUCAUCAGUUAUUGGAAAGGAAGCAUCGCUUAUUUUAUGUAAUGUGGUAUUCUGUUCGCUGCAAGACAAUAGAAGUAUUAUUGGAGAAUAAGGAUGAAGUGAUGAAAAUAGUUCGAUAUGAAAGGAUAAGCAAGAUAGGGUCAUCAGCAGCUGGUAUAAUAGGAGGAACUAUGAUUGGAGUUGGUUUACUCUUUGCUUUUCCUACUUAUGGUCUUUCAUUGAAUGUUGCUGCUAUUGGGGGUGUAGUUAGUGGCAUUGGUGCUGGUACCAAUCUGAUUUCUUCUAUUGCAUCAAAAGUGGCUUCCAAUAAACGUUUGAAGAACGCUCAGUUUUUUGUUACUUUUGAUCGGCAGUUUAGUAACCAACUAAACACUGUAGUUGCGAAGUAUGCAGAAUCACUGGAAACGAUUCAAGGAGGAACUUUUUAUAGUGAAGUGAAAGCAUUUACCAGUAGUUUACUAGUAGCAGUUACCAUUUCUCUUGAUGUUAGUGUCUUAAUUCAUAAUUCUUAUCAGUUACAUAAAGCAGCUCAAGAUGAGACUGGCCAGGCUGACAGCAACAGCACCAUUCAAAAACUAAUAGAGCAAUUUGGAGACUCUUUGAAAGGUUUCUUUCAUGUUUUUGAUGUAUCACAAUACAGGAAGGAUGGUGCUGUUAUCAGUAAAGAAACAUGUGGCUAUAAAGUGGUCAUACCAAGAUUUACUUUACAAGAGAAACCUCCAGUAACAGUGUCCACUAUACUCUCUGGCCCCUUUAAUUUACCUGAAGGAUCAGUAUUAGUCAGUGCAGUUUAUGAUAUCCUGAUAGAUAAAAGCCUUAAGGAUCCUGUUAAUAUUGAUAUAGAGCACUGUGUUGAUGUACUUGAUGAAUCAGUAACUGAAAAGAUGUCCUUUGCUAUUGCUACAGCAGGCCUUACCACAAAAGCUUUUGAAGUUGAGUAUAUUCCUGGUGGAACAUUUACUAGGGGCUCUGCUUAUGGAUCAAUUACUGUCAAAGAAAGCUGCCUACUCUGUGUGUUGGCUACUAAACCAUUACCUUGUUCUGAAUUGAAGUACUCUAUUAAUUGUUCAUAUGCAAAGUUUUAUCAAGACUUUUGGACCAUGAAGGCUUCCUGUAUUAAGAAUCUUUCUGCUUAUUCUAAGUUCAUUCAAUCAGAUUCAAUUCAGAAUUAUGGUGCUAUUGAUAUUCAUACUUUUCAUUUUGGAGCUAGUGCUGCACCCUGCAUUAAUGUACAAAACUUCAGGACUGUGGCAUCUCAUGAUUGGGCUUUAUUUCCUCAUAUUAUUCCCAAUGAGCCUAUACUGAAAAGGUCACUAGAUGGUAUUGGGUUGAUUCACAGUGGAGCCACACUGAAAGAAACAAUUCCCUUCAUUGAGUUUCAUGUUACUAGAAAUGAAGGAAGUAAGACAGAAUGUGAUUUAGAGCUUAAGUUAACUGGAACUGAUUUGAAUCACCUACCUAUUAACUGUCGUGAUUGAACUUUUUAUUGCCUUGUACUUAUUUAUGAUAAUGACUAAUUGCCUUAUAAUUAUAAAUGAGUAGUUUAUUUUUGUUACCACACUGGAAAACUGUGUAUUUGCUGUUUCUAACACAAUGUAUUGGUAGUUUAAA